GGCGACGAGCAAAGCGUUCGAGUUAAACUUGACAUGGUAGUGCAUCGUUUUGGAAAACUUUGGCUGCCCUCCUCCCUAGUAGAGCUCUAGCAUGAGCGAAGGCAGUUCGUGGUUGAUCUUACACUGUGCGCUACAAGACGAAGGCUCCAUGAGAACGCCACACAGUCUGCACUGCAUUGUUAUGUGUUUUUGUGGGGGAGGAGUGUUACAUAAUGGUUUCACUGCGAUUUAAACAGCUCUGUCACUGUACGUAGCUGAAAUAAUUUAAAGUACAUUAAAAAAAUAUAUAGAAGAAUGAGAGGAAACUGUUUCGUACAUGGAAAACGUUCAUUCUAAGCAUUCCCUUGCAAUAUUUUCUUGUUUUUCUUCCGCUAUCGUGGAUUGGGAGCAGAUCCGAAUCCAUGAUUAAUUAAUACUAAAGCUGCUAAUCCUUUCAUAAAUUUGGCAGGAGUCUUUGGACAGAAUAUCGAUCCACCGCAGGGCUUCCUUACACAUUAUUCUGUGAAAAUUUUAUUCAUAGAUCUCUGUGGAGUGAAAUUAUUUGUUGAGAAAUAAUAGGGGGCAUGGGUUUAUGAAUCGAUUGGCAAGGAACGAGACAGACUUUCUUAUAUUUCGAUAUAAAAAUAAUAUAUUUACUUUGACUUUGCAUACGAACCUACGACAUGCAGAUAGUGGGGACAAAUACGUGUGAAAUAUAAACAUUAAUUUGUUUGCCCCUGUCAAGACCAACGUUCUGAAGAAUGUGGUAAUAUUUGGAAAAUUAAUAUUGUAAACUGUAUGUCAUAUAUUUAUUAUUUUACAAACAAAAUACUUUGCUUUUAAGCUAAUUUAGUAUUAUAAAUACAGAAAGUGUUUGUAGUUACAAAAAGUUGCCAGCCUCGCAGUUUUUGAACGUUUUUUACAAAGCGCACUGCGUUUGGUAUCUCGGACGCCAUUUCAGUUGUUUCGUGGUGUGAUUUGUGACUCGGAAUCUAAGAAGAAGCACUGCUGGAAAACAGUGAUGAUUCAUCUGUGUCUGUUCUGACGGUUCAGUGAUCGUGUGUUUCUAUUAUUGUUUCUUGAAACGCAGAAGGUGUCUGUGUGUUAAGCAGCAGCAACAGUUUGUCGCUUUGGAAAGUGAAAAUAGCUCCACCUACUCUACGAGGAUAAAACGUGAUUGGCUAUCAGUAGUUCCAGCGAAGUGAGAAGAUAUGCAUGGAAUAAUAAGGGCCUCCAUAGACAGGACAAUGAGAGCAGAUUUCCAGGUACUUCAGCCACUGCUUGAUAUUUAUUCAGUUGGAAGACAGCAACAAAUGGAAACAAUCCUUGAGGUGGGUAACAAUAAGCAACACAUCUGCACCAGAGAAAUGUCCAUUGAAGAUUAGCAAACAUCUCAUGCUGCCACCUGAGGAUAUCAACAGAAGAUCAGUCUGUGAAAGAUAUAAAUCAACAAUAGAAUGAUGAAUCCAUUCAGUUUAUAUACACUUCUUCGUUUCCUUCCACAUUGGAAAUUCAAAACAUAAUACAAAUAUUGCUUUAAAUUUUAUUCACAAUUCAAGAUGUAAUCUAAAUUUUUAUUUCUAAAGGGAAAUUAUAGUGCUUACAUGACCGUACAUGACCUGUUGUGAUGACAACAGAUUAUCUUGCAGUCCUCACAAAGUCUGUAAUUUAUAUCAUAAUAAAGACUGAAAGGAUUGUUGGCGUCAAACUCUAGUGAAAUUUUAGGAAGUUGCUUGUGUGGGUUGGUAUCACAGCAGAAGUUGCCACUAGUGCAGGAUGAACAAUAGCAAUACACUGGAUCUGCGCGGAGUGUUGUAUUCAGAAUCUGAUGACGAGGACAAAAGGAAGAUUUUGUAUGAGUUUGUGACAAAUGGUGUGAUACUAAAUGUUAUUGGUAUUCUGGGUAUAUUUGGCAACAUCAUUUCCAUGAUCAUUCUUUCACGCCCUCAGAUGAAAUCUUCUAUUAACUAUCUUCUAAUUGGUUUAGCAAGAUGUGACACUGUACUCAUUAUAACAUCUGUACUGCUAUUCGGUAUUCCUGCCAUCUACAAGUACACAGGAUGCUUGUUCCUGUACUACUUCAAGGUUUACCCACAUCUAGUACUCAUCCUUUAUCCACUUGCCCUCAUUGCACAAACUGUGUCAGUGUACUUGACACUAACUGUGACUCUGGAACGAUUUGUUGCUGUGUGUCACCCAUUGCAAGCGAGGUCCCUGUGCACAUAUGGACGAGCACGUCUGUACGUCAUACUCAUCAUUGUGUUCUCAACCCUGUACAAUCUGCCACGCUUCUGGGAAGUACAACUUGUAGAACUGUCAUAUGAAUCUAAAUACAACACCACUUUGUAUGAAGUCAAUAUGACUGAACUUCGAGUCAACCCAAUCUACAUUACCAUCUACAUUCACUGGCUUUACCUCAUCUUCAUCUACUUCCUCCCAUUCACCAGUUUAGCAGUGCUGAAUGCUGCCAUCUAUCAACAGGUUCGGCGUGCAAACCAAGAACGGCAGCGUCUAUCACGACUACAGAAGAAGGAGAUUGGACUAGCUACCAUGUUACUAUGUGUGGUGGUUGUCUUCUUCCUGUGCAACAUCCUUGCAUUAGUUAACAAUGUACUUGAAGCAUUUUAUGGCAGCCCACUGGAUCAAGUAGUUGCAACCAGUGACAUGCUGAUCACUAUAAACUCCUCUGUGAAUUUCAUUAUAUAUGUUAUAUUUGGGGAGAAAUUUAAACGACUGUUUCUGAAACUGUUUUGUUCCCAUGGAUGGAUGGGUAUCGGGGGAAGAGACUCACCUGAUGCUAACACUCAUGAUGAUAGUGUUGUAUCCAAUGGAGAUGGAAGGAAUUAUUCUCUUAGGAAUAGUCACAUGUACCACCUUCAUCGCACUGGCACUGCUAUCAUCAGAAAUGGCAGCACGACAAGUAGAAAUAGCAACAGUAUGCACUGUAGUACCAGAAUACCACAUGCACCAUCUCCUGGACCAUGUGUGUACUAUCCUGCUUGUGGUAGUGAAUGGGAAAAUGAAAAUACUACCACUACAUCUCUCAACAAACUCUGAGAAUAAUACCUGACUGCAACCGUGGUUUACUGUGUAUCCUGAAGACCAAAGAAAUGAAAUAUUAAAAAGAGACAGAUACAGAAUUUUAUAUUCCAAUUUGUGGAUUAUAACUUCUCAAACCAGCUAGUACAAAAUGUUUAUGAAAAAUCAGAUGUGAAGUCAACUUAAUAACUGCCACUCCACUGAUUCAAGUAGUGAAGACAAAUCACUAAUAUCUGUAAUAGUCUUUAAAACAAAUUAAUGAAAUAGAACAGGGGUCUCAAGCAUCCAACUCAUAAGGCACAGCCUUAUCCAUAAAUAUUCAUAUAAAUUUUAUUUGAAAGUACUAUUAUCUCACAAAUUUGGUUGAAAUUAUAGCACCAUAGGUUGUUAUUAACAGGAAAAUUCAGUAUUACAAAAUCUCUGUCAGGGUAUAAAGAUUCAAGAAAUAUUGUUAGACAUAAUAUUUAUUUAAUUUCAGUAUUUAGUUUUUGGUGUGAUUUUGUCUCACCUUCCUUGGAUGACCUUUGCUGUGUAAACAGUGUUAAUUUUCUGUAAGAAAAAAUUGUGUUUAUAGUAUUACAACAUAAAUGGAUCACUGGCAAACAGAUGGACAUAAUCUUCCAAUAAGAUAUCCUUUCUAUGUGAGAAAAUAAAGACAAGUUGGUGUAUAAUGGAGGCACCUUCAUUAAUUUAA